ACUGCUCGUCGACCCGUCGAGCCAUCGAGAUCGGGUGAUACCGGAGCGAGAAAGACAGAAAGAGAGAGAGAGAGAGAAAGAGAGAGGGAGAGAGAGGAGAGAGCGAGAGUUUUUAAAUUACCGUCCAUUCGUCGGUCGGACUUAAGAAGAAGAAGAUACUGACAACCCGGGUCGUUCGACCGUGCAUUUUGUGCUACGCGGAUUAAGCCAAAUCGGGAAGACGAUGGAGAAAGAUCAGCCGGAUUCCCUGGCGACUGUCGCCGUCGUCUCGGAGAAGAUACCGCAGACUCACAGCUAUGCGCCAAGUGAGGUCUACUCCACUACCGAGCCACCACCGGCCUACAUGAGACCGUCGUCGAAGAGUACGGCUGUGCAGAUCGCUAGGAUCGCCGCUGUUACUCUGGUCACGAUGUCCGUCGUGCUCGGUAGUUUUAUCCUGGCGGCAUCCUGGGUCCAGGCUAGAGCUUCCUGCACGCCGGAAUCGAUUGCAGCGAUGCAAGCUGAGAUGAAGCUCCAUAAACAGGCAUACGGAUCGUAUCAGCCGCAAGGUGAAUUCUUGAAACAUUUGCAGCCGGAGGCUCUGGUGCAGGAAUCCGUUGAAUCGAAGGAUUCUUUGCAAAGUCUCUCUACACCAGUGAAAAAGGAAGUCGAACCGGAUACUAAGGAUAUGAAAACUCAAGGCGAAGGAGAGAACAGCUCAAAAUCUGACAAUGAAAAUGGCGAUCAUGACGAUGAUGAUGAUGAUUACGAUGAUGAUGAAUUCCCUCCUGUGCACAUUAAGCUUCCUCUUCAGUUGGAUCUCGACGACAUUGCAGGCACGUUGAUUCAACAAGCUCGUAGUAGAGUUUCCUGCGUAGUUGAAAGACGACGAGCCGACGAGGUGAUGGACGGAACCGGCGACAACGGUUUAGAUAACAGUACCGAUCCGCAGCGUUUCCAAAGACUAAGCGGCGAGCGAGUUGCCAUUCUUUGUGAAUCAGGCAAUCCAAACCAAGAGCAGCAGGAUCAAGAGAUGCUUACCCCGAUCAUUGUGCCUCUGGGCACUGUACAAAUUCCCCUCCAUUCACAGGAACCUAACCCGAACUAUCAUCAGUAUCAAAUACAUACCCAAUAUCAAGUUCCUGAUAUGCAGCAAUUGCCGCUUAGCGACCCACGAGGAUUAAAUCAUAUCCCGCCGGGUGUACUUCCUCCGGAACUUCGUAACCUUCCUCAGUUGACCAUGGAGAUGAGACCGCCUCGAAUGGGCCCGCAGACGCCCGUGAUGGGACCUCAGAAUAACCCGAUGGGACCACAAAUCGAAAUGCGUCAAAUCCCUAUCGACCUGCGUCAUUUCCCGAUGGACCCGAUGAGAGGAAUGCGACCGAUGAUGCAAGAGCCUCGCCAGGAACCACAACAGGUUUCGAUGGUGUAUCAACAGCAGGCCGAGCAAGUUCCCAAUUCUUACCAUGAGCAAGGUCCAGCUAUGAUGCCACCACCUCCCCCACAAGCCGAAGCGCAGGAGCAAGAUCCAAGAAUGCAACAGAUACCACCUAUGAUGAUUCCGCAGACCGAACAAAGACCGCCUGCCCCACCUCAGGUUACGCCUGAAAAGCCACGCUCUCCUUUCCAGGGCAUUCCCAUAGAAAUCAGGAGAAUAAUUCAACAAGUACCGUUGGAAAUUAAGAACAUUAUUCAACAUAUUACUGGCGAAGCCAGAGCGAUUCCGGUCCAAGUACCAGAAGGGGCACGUCGUGAGGAACUCAAACCUUUCCCGGAAGGCGCGCGGCCAAUACCAUUAGGACCAUUCCCACUUCCGGUGGAAGUGAGAAAUUUAAUUGAGCAUGGAAACAUUGAAGGUCGUCAACGCCCGGAUAGCAGCGAAGAGCAACAAGAAGCGAAAGCUUUCUCUGGUCCGGAGGAUGACAGUGAUGAAGAAAGAAACUUCCCUAUUCCUAUGGAAAUCCGUAAUAUAAUUCACCAGGUUGUAGAGGGACGUGCUUUCCCAGUUCCAAGAUUUGCGUUGAGACCGGUGAAAUCUAUGGAAGUACCAAUAGAAGCGCAUGCUGAAGUAACUGAUGGCCAAUCCACUGAACAACAGCAAUCGGAGCAUCGGGAACAGGAGCAAGCGACACACAUGAUGAGCAUUCAACAGCAGCAACAGCAGCAGCAACAGCAACAGCAGCAGCAACAUGAGCAUGAGCAAGAGCAAGAGCACUCACAGCAACACAUGCAAGAGGAGGAGUCUCGCCCGCAUUAUGUACAACCUCGCUCCGUGCGUUCCGUACCAGAAGAAGUCUUCUUGCAUCGUCGUGAAAAGCGCGUGCGUCGUUGCGCUUGUGAUUGCGCGUGUUAAAAAAUAUAGUUGAUUGCGUCCAUCAUGUGAAAUAAAUUUUCAAAAGAGUCCGUCCGAAAUAAAAUUAAAAGUCGUAAAAAAGAGCGCCAUAAACGCACACUUUGGUCAGACGUUCGCUGCGGUCUCGGCGUACGAAGCAAAAGGCGAAGAAAAUAAUUGAAGUAUAUUCUCAUCAGUGUUGCAAUCGCUGCAAGUACAUCGAAUUAUUGAUCGCAUUAAAUUUUUCCUACCCAAAGUACUUUUAUUACUAUUAUUAUUAUUAUUAUUAUUAUUAUAGCAAACCACAAUAUCCGAGUAACUUUUCUUCAGAUUGCCCCAGGUUCCGCUUAGGAGAAGCGCUUGAUAAAAAUGAAGAGUCUUAAAGUAUAUUAACAAAUUGCAUUUACGAUAAAGUAUAGUACGAAGUAGAAUUUUUAUCUCGCGCGAUAGAUAAGUAUUAAUCGAAGCAUACAGUUGACAAUAAAAAUUAAGUGUGCUUAUCGAGGAAUAAUGUCUUGAUUUAACAACACAUAAUUGAUGUCAGAGAGUUCUCUUCUCUAUUGGCCAACAAUAUGAGAUUAAAACCGUUUAUAAACUGGUUACAUAUGUUGAGAUAUAUUUUACCAACAAUUUUCGAAUUGUUGAUAAGAUAAUUGUUGAUAGGCAUGAGUGAUACUUUCUAAAUCAGUUUAAUUGACUACAUUGUUAUACUCUCUUUUAUAGAGAAAAAGAAAUGCAAAAAUAGUUAAAAAAUCUGUGAUUCUUCUACAUACCUGUGAAAAUGUUCUUCUGGCAAUGCUGCACACAGAUACGCAUGGUCAAAGAUAACUAAUAAUUAAAAUUUCUGUAUAAUAAUCGUCUUUUACAUUCCGUUAUUAACUUUGUAUUUUUGUUUAUUUCCCUAUUAUAUCCCUGCCUCACUCUUUAAAGUAAUAGAGAAAAGUAAAGAUAGAUUCUUUUAAAAAAUAAUUAAAAUUUUUCAAGAAUAUUCGUCGGAACAACUUUAGUUUAAAUGAUUAUUUACAAAUAUAUUUCUGUACAUUGUUUGCGCCUAUCGAAAAUUAAUUUAAGCUUUAUAUAUUUUAUUGACUUAUGUUCUCUAUGUACUACAUGUUUUUUUUCUUUCUCAUGACAAAUAAUAAAGUGAUACGAUAUUAAUUAGA